AUGGACUCCUCAAAUACAUUUCCUUUCCUCGGGGUCCUGACCCACUGUGUAUCCACAUGCUUUGACAAAAAUCAGACCAAAGCACAUCUUUUAUCAAAACUGACCCAGAAACAGACUGGAGGAGCUGGACAAUAUGCAAAAGUGGUUGAGCGGAUUUUACCAAUGGAGCGGGACAAGGAGACGGGAGAGGAGAUAAUGUAUGAAAGCCGGGUCACCUGUGGGACGAUUCCGGCGUUGUUUAUCCCUGCGGUCAAGAAGCGCUUCAACGACGCCCUGCAGCGCGGAAUCCUGACGGGCAAUCGAGUAACCGGCUGCCACUUUAGACUCAAGGAGGGCGCCCACCACAUCUUCAACUGCUCCGAACUCGCCGCCCAGGGUGCUUUCAGAGGGGCUUCCAAAACCGCUAACCCCGUCAUCCUCAAACCUAUCAUGAAGGUUGAAAUCACUGUCCUUAUUGAGUUCUAA